AUGACGACACGCUACGCCGACGUUCACAAGAACCCUCAGGGCCCUGGAGAUGCCCGACCAACAGCCCUUCAAGUGAUCCGUGAUGAGGGCUUGGAGGAUCAACUGAGUGGAAAAUCCGUCCUGAUUACUGGCGCCUCCUCGGGGAUUGGGGUUGAAACAGCCAAGGCUCUCUUUGCCACCGGCGCAACCCUCUACCUCACGGCGCGGAAUCUAGACAAGGCAAAAGUUGUCCUUGGGGAGAUUGCGAAUUCGCCUCGUGUGCAUCUCCUAGAGUUGGAUCUGGAGUCUCUGUCCAGCGUUCGUGCUUGCGCCCAGAAACUCUUGUCCAUCACCAAAACGCUCAACAUCUUAAUUGCCAACGCGGGUGUCAUGGCUACACCCGAAGGACGAACAAAAGACAACUUCGAAACUCAGUUCGGCGUCAACUAUCUCGCGCAUUUCCUGCUGUUCAAUCUCCUCCGCCCUGCUCUCCUAGCCGCCGCAACGCCAGAGUCGAAUUCCCGCGUUGUAUUCCUCUCCUCGAUCGCCCAUCGGUAUUCAGAAGUGAUCUUCGACAACAUCAAUCUCGUUGGGGAGUAUGAAAAGUGGAAGUCCUAUGGACAGAGCAAGUGCGCAAUGCUCUGGGCAGCAAACGAGAUCGACCGCCGGUACGCCUCGCAGGGUAUCCGGGCCUUUAGCGUCCAGCCGGGGGGUGUGCAGAGCGGGCUCCUGCAGUUCAUGUCCGAGGAGGAGCAGACUGCAAUCCUUGAAGAUCCUAUACUGGCUCCGAAUAUGAAGAGUGCUGAGCAGGGCGCCGCUACUUCGACGUGGGCCGCUGUUUCGAAGGCGCUAGACGGGAUGGGCGGGAUAUACCUUGAGAAUGUGCAAAUCUCGAAACCGUGGGUUGAGGCUGAAGGAAAUUGGGCACCGGGGUACGCUCCGCAUGCGUACAAUCCCGAGGGGGAGCGGAGGCUGUUUGAUUUGUCCCUGAACUUGGUGGGUGAGGAGGACUAG